UGUCCAGCCGGCGUGCGAGAUUGCGUAAUUUUUGUGAACGUGUGAAAAGUCCAGAGACUGGUAACGAGUAUUCAAAACAUGGCCGCUUCCAUAUUCGUGCGAAGAGUUGCGAACAGAUCUUUUUCCCUUGGACCGUACGCUUCACGUAUUUCAUCUCAACUGCGUUUCUUCAGCGAUAAGGAAAAGAAAUGGACUACCGAAAAGUUCGAUGAAGUCGUAAAUAAGGACAAGGUAGUGGUGUUUAUGAAAGGAGUCCCUACUCAACCUAUGUGUGGUUUUAGCAACGCCGUGGUGCAGAUCCUAGGGCUGCACGGUGUUGAACAGUACGGGAGUUACAAUGUGCUAGAAGAUGACGAGCUUAGGCAAGGAGUUAAGGAAUACUCUAGCUGGCCAACGGUUCCACAAGUUUACAUGGGAGGAGAGUUCAUCGGUGGCUGCGAUAUUCUGUUGCAAAUGCAUCAAAAUGGUGAACUGAUUGAUGAACUUAAGAAAAUUGGGAUAAGAUCCUUGUUGUUGGACAAGGCUGAGGAAGAUAAAAAGGACACCUAAGACAAUUGGUUCUCCCCAGUUUCGGGAAAGGAACUAACCAAACAAACAAGACACUUGCUCAGAACGUUUUGAUGCUUCUAAAACUCGAGACAAACCAUGCUUGCUGUGUAAAUUUUGUAUUACGUAAUACACUCGUAAAGUUUCAUGAUCGAGACUACCAAGACAACGUGUACUUCUAAUACAAAACACUUUUCUUACGACUGCAUGCAAAAUGCUGGAAAAAUAUCUGUGUUUAUACCCUAGGGUGGGAGGUAUAUCCAUCUAAGGUUUGACAAACCAAGAAAAAGGCUUCCACUUGCAUAAAGUCACCAUAGACUAUAAUUUUCAAACACUCAAAAUUCUGGAAGAUUUUGCCAUAAAAUAAUCAGUAGUGACAUUUGCCGAAGUAUGGUUUUAUCUGAGAAAAAGAUUAGUGCUAAGGAUAAAAUUAAAAGACUACCCAAAGCAAAAA